CCAUCCAUCUCCAGUUACCGUCUUCGUUUAGCUUACUUGCAUACAAUGUAUUUCUAGAAAUCUCGAAGUGCGACGACGUAACGUUACUCUCUUGCAGAUUGAAUUGUCAACAUGGGUCACAAUAAGUGCAGAAUCAACGCUACUCGGAAGAUGUCGACGAUGUUAGCAAUCACCGUUCUGGCGUGUUUGUCGUUGUGCAUCUGUGUUUGCAGAGCAGAGGACAGCGCCAUGGAGAACAUCGUAACAGAGAGGAAGGUUGAGGAUAACCAUAGACAAGACAGUGCCGACCUGCUGAUUUUCAUCAUGCUUUUAACCCUUACAAUUCUAACCAUAUGGUUAUUCAAGCAUCGUCGUUUCAGAUUUCUACAUGAAACGGGACUUGCCAUGAUCUAUGGUGUGCUUGUCGGUGUGGUGCUGCUCUAUGGUGUCCAUGUACCCCGUGACAUUAGCAACGCAACCCUCAGUUGUCAUGUCAACGCCAGCCCACCCACACUGCUCAUCAACGUCAGCGGCAGGUUCUACGAGUACACUCUGAAAGGGGAGAUCAGCGCCUCUGCGAUCAGCGAUGUACAAGACAACGAGAUGCUUCGUAAGGUGACCUUUGACCCCGAGGUGUUCUUCAACAUCCUACUGCCCCCCAUCAUCUUCCAUGCUGGCUACAGUCUGAAGAGAAGACACUUCUUCCGAAACAUGGGGUCCAUCCUUGCCUAUGCCUUUCUGGGAACAGUCAUAUCAUGUUUCAUCAUCGGGCUGCUGAUGUACGGCUGUGUAAAACUGAUGAAACAGGUUGGGCAGCUUGACGGGGAUUUCUUCUUCACCGACUGCUUGUUGUUUGGGGCCAUUGUCUCGGCUACCGACCCAGUGACGGUGCUGGCCAUCUUCAAUGAGCUGCAGGUGGAUGUGGAUCUGUACGCGCUGCUGUUUGGAGAGAGUGUCCUCAACGACGCCGUAGCUGUGGUGCUGUCCUCAAUUCUAAUGUGUUAUGGGCGGCUGAGUGCGGGGGCGCGGCAUGCCCCUGGAGACAAUCAAUCAGCCAAUCAGUGGGUAGAGGGCGUGGCUGCGACACAAGACACUCCCCUGAACGGGUCCAUUGUUUCAUACCAGCCAGAGGGGGACAAUCACCACACCUUUGAGGUAAUGGCUGUGUUGAAGUCCUUUGGCGUGUUCCUGGGGGUCUUCAGUGGAUCCUUUGCCCUGGGCGUGGCCACCGGAGUCAUGACUGCACUCGUGACUAAGUUCACUAAGUUGAGAGAUUUCCAGCUCCUAGAGACCGCUCUCUUCUUCCUCAUGUCCUGGAGUACCUUCUUACUGGCGGAGGCAUGUGGCUUCACAGGCGUGGUGGCUGUGCUGUUCUGUGGGAUAACUCAGGCUCACUACACCUUCAACAACCUGUCCCCAGAGUCACAGGACAGAACCAAACAGCUGUUCGAGCUGCUGAACUUCCUGGCGGAGAACUUCAUCUUCUCUUACAUGGGUCUGGCGCUUUUCACCUUCCAGAACCACGUCUUUAACCCAAUGUUCAUUGUCGGUGCUUUUCUGGCCGUGUUUCUAGGCAGAGCAGCCAACAUUUAUCCCCUGUCCUUCCUGCUCAACCUGGGACGCAGGAACAAGAUCAGCUCCAACUUCCAACACAUGAUGAUGUUUGCUGGUCUGCGUGGGGCGAUGACCUUUGCCCUUUCCAUCCGGGACACCGCUACGUACGCACGGCAGAUGAUGUUCACCACCACCCUCCUCAUCGUCUUCUUCACGGUCUGGGUCUGUGGAGGGGGCACCACACAGAUGCUGUCCUGCCAGAACAUACGUGUUGGAGUCGACUCUGAUGCAGACAACAGUAUGAUUGUCAGCGAGGGGUCAGAGCGGAGGAGCACCAAACAGGAGAGCGCCUGGCUCUUUAGGAUCUGGUACAACUUUGACCACAACUACCUGAAGCCCAUCCUGACCCACAGUGGUCCUCCCCUGACCGUCACCAUGCCGACCUGCUGUGGUCCACUGGCUCGAUGCCUCACCAGUCCGCAGGCCUAUGAGAAUGAGUGCCAGCUGAAGGAUGACGACUCCGACCUCAUCCUGGCGGAAGGAGACAUCAGCCUGUCCUACGGUGACAUCACAGUGAGCACGGACGCCAGCGGAGUCCACACCAGUUCUGGGCCGGCCGGCACCACGACGGCCGCGAUCUCGGCCGACGAUCUGGACCGUGAGCUGAGCUGCGGGGACCACGAGCUUGUGAUGCGGGGAACACGGCUGGUCCUGCCCAUGGACGACUCCGAGCCGCCCCUGGUGGACCCUCGCCACCGGAUGAGGAUGUAAAGCAAACACCGGGCCAGAUAGCCGGAUCCCCGAUCCCUCUAUGCCCUGUUGGACCAGAACUGCAGGGAUGAGAUCAACUGGGAUCAGAAAAACUGGUCUUCAUCUGUGUCUCUGUCUCUCCCGCUCUCUUUCACAACACUCAUAUUCCCUUCUUCCUCUUUGAGUUCCCCAAGUGGCUAAUCAAUGUCUCUACCUCAUUGCCAUUUCUCCUCCUGUCGCCAUCACUGUAAAAUGACUAUUUAUUCGCGUUUUGUUUUUCUUAUGUUGAUUUUGUUAAACCAGUGUCUGUUCUUGCUGUUUAACAAGGACCGCUACGUAAUCACAUGGCAGCGUAGCAGAGGGGUGUUUGGGCAUGUCUUAGUCUGUAUGUGGAGGUCACAGUACAACGACACGUUUAACUAAUACUAUCUGUGUCUGUAUCACACGAUUAACGUUGACAUGGUAACUGCAUGCUGAAUUGUGAAUAUUCGUUUCUGUGUGUGGGAAGUGGAAAGGUCAAGCGGAAAGGUCAAUGUGCUGGCUGAGUGUGUGCAUGUGUGUGUGCAUGUGUGUGUGCGUGUGUGUGUGCCUGCGUGCGUGUGUGUGCAUGCGUGUG